CCUACUUCGUUUAUACACAGCAGCGGAGAUGUCAGCACUUGGCAUAAACAUCGUCGAGGUAUUACUGCCCUCUGUCCGUCUUUAUUAUUAGCGCUUCGCUCCGCCCUCCUACCUGUAAAUCUCCCCGCUUUCCUCUGGAGCAGUUCUGACAGGCUCUCUCAGCUGGCCGCUCCGUGCCAGGGCUGCAGGGGACCGAAUGGACACAGUGACAUCCAGCCGAGCGCUCGUCCUUUUACGCAGAAUUGACAACAAUAACGCCCGCAAGAAUAUGUAGAUUUCGGCACUGCAGUGGCGGCAAACCAACUGUAGGAGUUACUAUAUAUCUGUGUAUUUUUCGUUUUGUGGCAAACCGUUCACAGUCGAUUUACUCUGAAAGAAAAGUGACAUUGAUUCUCCGCCUGAUGAUCGACAGGAUCCCUGAAUGGAAGACGGCUAGAGAGGUCGCCUCCCCGAGAACAGGCUGUUGACAUUUUUCAUUGUCGCUGUGUUUACCACUCUCCGAGACAUCAUUGGCAGCCUCGACGGCUGCAAAACGACGCCGUCUUUACCAUGGCUUUUGGCGUGAAAGAGCCAGAAACCCCCUCAGAUUGAGAAGCGCCUAAGAUUCGUCAUUAUUGCGGAUUUAAAUGCCUCUCUCCAAGGGCCACCGACCCGCUAUUUUAGUCAGGUUCGCGUGUGCGGUGUCUCACGCUGUCACGAAUAAACAAUUCAUAGGCUGCUAAAUUACAGAAAGAGACUCCAUCGGGUGGGUGAACAUAAUCUACAGGGAAGAGGGGAUUUUUUUUCAAGCAAUAUGGCUGGUGAGUGGGGCUGGGGACGCUGGCACAGGCUCUCCAAGGCUCCUAAAUGCUAGCUGAGGCAGAUGGCACCGUUCCCCAUGGAAGCGACAGCUCUAUGAGGACAAGCAAUAUCAUUAAUAACAAAAAUCCGGACUCUUCAAUCUUAAUAUCCAAGAUGGAAGACGUUGUCAUCCCGUUCUCGUCUGAGGUGCCCUGCGACAAUAAUGGACAGCGCAUGUGGUGGGCAUUCCUCGCCUCCUCCAUGGUGACGUUUUUUGGGGGUCUCUUCAUCAUCCUGCUGUGGAGGACCCUCAAAUAUAUGUGGACUGUUUGCUGCCAUUGCAACAUCAAAACCAAGGAGGCUCAGAAGGUGAACAACCCCGCCAACAAUCAGGCAGCAGACAGACCAAAGGGUGCUGAUGAGAAGGAGGAGGUCCCAGCCAGCGAAGUGGGAUGGAUGACUUCAGUCAAAGACUGGGCUGGUGUCAUGAUCUCUGCUCAGACGCUCACUGGCAGAGUUCUGGUGGUGUUAGUCUUUGCGCUCAGUAUCGGGGCCCUUGGAAUAUACUUUAUAGACUCCUCAGAUCCUAUAGAAUCCUGCCAGCACUUCUACAAAGACUUCACGUUGCAGAUCGAUAUGGCCUUCAACGUCUUCUUCCUUCUUUACUUUGGCCUGCGGUUUAUAGCAGCCAAUGAUAAGCUGUGGUUCUGGCUGGAGGUCAACUCAGUGGUCGACUUCUUCACUGUUCCUCCUGUGUUUGUCUCUGUCUACUUGAACAGAAGCUGGCUUGGUUUAAGAUUCCUCAGAGCACUAAGAUUGAUACAGUUCUCGGAAAUCUUACAGUUCUUGAAUAUCUUGAAAACAAGCAAUUCCAUUAAGCUGGUGAACCUGUGUUCCAUCUUCAUAAGCACAUGGCUCACAGCUGCUGGGUUCAUACAUUUGGUAGAAAACUCAGGGGAUCCUUGGGAAAACUUCCAGAAUUCCCAGUCACUUUCCUAUUGGGAAUGUGUCUACCUAUUGAUGGUGACGAUGUCUACAGUGGGCUACGGGGAUGUCUAUGCAAAAACCACCUUGGGGCGCCUGUUUAUGGUCUUCUUCAUCCUUGGUGGUUUGGCCAUGUUUGCCAGCUACGUCCCUGAAAUCAUAGAGUUAAUAGGAAACCGCAAGAAAUAUGGUGGUUCCUAUAGUGCGGUUAAUGGGAGAAAGCAUAUUGUGGUCUGUGGUCAUAUUACCCUCGAAAGUGUCUCCAACUUCCUCAAAGACUUCCUACACAAGGACAGGGAUGAUGUCAAUGUAGAAAUUGUUUUUCUCCAUAAUAUUUCCCCUAAUCUUGAGCUGGAAGCCUUGUUCAAACGCCACUUUACCCAAGUAGAGUUCUACCAGGGAUCUGUUCUCAACCCUCACGACCUGGCCAGAGUGAAGAUCGAGUCAGCAGAUGCCUGCUUAAUCCUAGCCAACAAAUAUUGUGCAGAUCCAGAUGCUGAAGAUGCCUCUAACAUCAUGAGGGUUAUUUCGAUCAAGAACUACCAUCCUAAGAUCAGAAUAAUCACACAGAUGUUACAAUAUCACAACAAGGCCCAUCUGCUGAACAUUCCAAGCUGGAACUGGAAGGAGGGUGACGAUGCUAUCUGCCUGGCUGAGCUGAAGGCAGGCUUCAUAGCCCAGAGCUGUCUGGCCCAGGGCCUGUCGACCAUGCUAGCCAACCUCUUCUCCAUGAGAUCCUUUAUUGAGAUUGAGGAGGACACAUGGCAGAAGUAUUACCUAGAAGGAGUGGCUAAUGAGAUGUACACAGAGUAUUUGUCCAGUGCCUUUGUGGGCCUCUCCUUCCCCACUAUCUGUGAGCUGUGUUAUGUGAAGCUGAAGCUUUUGCUCAUUGCCAUCGAAUACAAGUCUGAGCAGAGAGAGAGCAGAAGCCGAAAGCGCAUCCUCAUCAACCCCGGCAACCAUGUCAAGAUGCAGGAGGGAACACUGGGAUUCUUUAUCGCCAGUGAUGCCAAAGAAGUAAAGAGAGCAUUUUUCUACUGCAAAGCUUGUCAUGACGACAUCACAGACCCUAAGCGGAUCAAGAAGUGUGGCUGCAAACGACUGAUUUAUUUAAUGGAUGAAGUUAGACCUUCUUUUCAAAACCCUUCGGUUAAAACCACCAGCAACUCCUCCACCUCCAUCACCUCAAAUGCAUUCCCUCCCAACAACCUGCACCCCAACCAGGACCCCGUGGUCAACCCGGGCACAAUCAACAUUCCCCUCGUUAAUAACCGUAAAGGAAGUCUGCUCCCCAAGGGGCUGGGGCCUGGGCCUGACCCCUCGAAACUGCGCCUCAGUAUUUCAGGUCCAGGAGACGUGAUGGGCAGAUCCCUGGCUGAGAGUCGGCUGAACCGGGCCCGCAGUCUGCCGGUGAAAUACCGCUACCACCCCAGUAAUGCCAUGCUGCUCAGUCACAGUAGGCACUUUGAAGACGAGCAUCCAUCAACUCUCUCGCCCAAAAAAAAGCAACGCAACGGAGGGAUGCGAAACUCACCCAACUGCUCGCCCAAAAUGAUGAGUCGACACGACCCCCUUCUAAUUCCUGGAAAUGAGCAAAUCGAGAGCAUGGACAUGAACGUGAAGAGGUAUGACUCGACAGGGAUGUUUCACUGGUGCCCAUCAAAGGACAUCGAAAAAGUCAUCCUGACCCGGAGUGAAGCCUCCAUGACAGUGCUGAGCGGCCAUGUGGUGGUCUGUAUAUUUGGGGAUGUCACGUCCGCUUUAGUGGGGCUGCGAAACUUGGUGAUGCCUUUAAGAGCCAGCAACUUCCAUUACCACGAGCUAAAGCCUAUAGUUUUUGUGGGCUCGCUGGAUUACCUGCGGAGAGAGUGGGAGACUUUACACAACUUCCCCAAGGUCUCCAUCUUACCUGGUACACCAUUAAGUCGGGCAGAUUUAAGGGCUGUCAACAUCAACCUCUGCGACAUGUGCGUAAUACUGUCAGCCAAUCAGAACAAUAUCGAAGAUGCCUCACUGCAGGAUAAGGAAUGCAUCUUGGCAUCACUCAACAUCAAAUCUAUGCAGUUUGAUGACAGCAUUGGGGUCUUACAGGCUAAUUCCCAAGGUUUCACGCCUCCUGGAAUGGACAGGUCAUCUCCAGACAGCAGUCCAGUACAUGGCUUUGUGCGUCAGGCUUCUGUCACCACCGGAUCCAACAUCCCCAUCAUCACAGAGCUAGCUAAACCUGGCAAACUACUGCCAUUGGUUCCACUCAGUCAGGAAAAAAAAAGUGGAACCAACAUACAAAUGAUAACAGAGCUGGUGAACGACUCAAACGUUCAGUUCCUGGACCAAGAUGAUGAUGACGACCCAGACACAGAGCUGUACCUCACUCAGCCCUUCGCCUGCGGCACCGCCUUCGCUGUCAGUGUACUUGACUCCCUGAUGAGCGCGACAUACUUCAAUGAUAACAUCCUCACGCUGAUUCGGACACUGGUCACAGGGGGAGCCACACCAGAGCUGGAGGGCCUGUUGGCUGAGGAGAAUGCUCUCAGAGGAGGCUACAGCACACCGCAGACACUGGCCAAUAGAGACAGGUGUCGCGUCGCCCAGCUAGCCCUCUACGAUGGGCCAUUUGCCGACUUGGGGGAUGGCGGCUGCUACGGAGAUUUGUUCUGUAAAGCAUUGAAGACGUACAACAUGCUGUGUUUUGGAAUCUACAGAUUAAGAGACGCUCAUCUCAAUGCACCAAGCGGGUGUACAAAACGAUAUGUGAUCACGAACCCACCGUAUGAGUUUGAGCUCGUGCCCACAGACCUGAUCUUCUGCCUCAUGCAGUUUGACCACAACGCAGGCCAGUCCCGGACAAGCUUGUCCCACUCUUCCCACUCCUCCCAUUCCUCCAGCAAAAAGAGCUCCUCCGUCCACUCCAUCCCUCCCUCCAACCGGCAGAACCGCAGCAGUAAGACCCGGGAGGCCCGCGACAAACAGAAUGCAACAAGGAUGAAUAGAAUGGGCCAAGAAAAGAAAUGGUUUACAGAUGAACCAGAAAAUGCCUACCCACGGAACAUUCAGAUCAAGCCCAUGAGCACUCACAUGGCCAACCAAGUCAACCAAUACAAAUCCACUAGUAGUCUGAUUCCACCAAUCAGAGAAGUUGAAGAUGAAUGCUGAACACAGGGUUUUCUUGCUGACUCACCAGACAUCUGUAUGCUCUUUCAAAAGAGAUGGGAAGAGAUCACCCGUGGAGGAGGGGUGAUGCUGAGGACAGGGAUGUUGAAGACUGACACAUUUCUCUUCACUAAUUCUUCUAAUCAAGGUCUGGACAGGAACCCAAACUGGAGGGGACCUCCUAUGUGUAUACCUUUAAUGUUACUUCCAUGCUCUUGGACAUCGUUUUAUUUAUUUAUGUAUCCAUAGUGUUGUACAUAAUGACAAUCAAAUAAGGAUUGUACAGCCCCUUCCCCCUAGCACUUUUUGGAAUUAUUUUAAGAGUAUAAAAAAAAAAGAGUACUUCCUGUAAUUCUUUGCAAUAGUUCGCCUCUUCGUGUGACCAGACUCCAUGGCUAAGGUGACUGGUUAUCGGAGGAUGAGGGUUGCAAUGAUAAACUGAUCAUAUCAUCUCCCAAAGAUCCGCCCAGAUGCGUCAUGUCAAGUCAGCUGGGUUCAUCAUCUUCAUAUCUCCUGUCUGCUUCUGUUCUAUUUGCACUAAAACUGAAGUUACUUUUGAUAGAACAACUGGAACCAUCAUAUUCUUCCCUCAAAUAAAAUGUUGCUGAGGAGAGGAAAGAAGGGAGGGAGGGCUGCUUGGCUUCGGAGGCAUACUAAUCUUGUUUUUACGUUGUUAUACAUUAUGCCAUUGCUUAAGGUUUGCUACUUCACUGUUGACUUGUCAUGUUGAGUGAGAGCAUUCCAGUCCUGUAUAACAAACUCAUUUUGCAAAACAGUAGUCUAAAAACUCAGAGAAUGGUGCAGCAUUGGUGUUUGCUGGCUGACAGAGAACCCUGUUCCUUCUGCUGAUACAUCAGAUCAUAAAGCCUGCGACUCUGUUUUAAGCUCCUAUCGCAUGAUCUGUGCCUGAGCCCCCUCUAUAACAGAUGCAGUGUGGUUGAUCAACCUGAACACAUGAGAUGGAUGAAAGACAACCUACCCUGUCCUUCAUGCGUUCAGGAGCAUUUACAUUAUGUACAAGCUUUAUGUUUAUAUGUGUGCAUUGCAGCCACUUGUCCUUCUGGUGUUGCGCUGAUCAGUGCUGUCACCUCCUCCAUCAGCUUGUAUGUGAUAGUGCACCUUUUGAAGGAACAGCAUGUGGGAUAUAAAUGAACGUCAUAGGGGAAAAAACUGUAGAAGAGUCUAGAGGGUUUGGAUCUACUAACAAAAAUAUUAUGUUGCAUCAGGAACCAAACCAAAAUCCCCAACUAUGUUUGAGCUAACACGAACAGCAGCUGCGUGCCCACCAUUGACGCUUUGCCGUGAUACCUGCGGCAACAUUGGGAUCACAACGAAGAGUGGUGUAUUUUCUGAAUGUUUUGUCUGUUACAAGAAGUUAAUGUCUGAGGAAAGAAAUGCCACAUAUUGCAUAAAAGUGGGCAUCAAUGGGUCCUCCUUUGAUCAGAGCAUCUGCCUGGCACGGGUUUGGCACAGAGGCAGUAAAGCGCUUGGAUGUUCUCUGUUGCCAAUCCAGAUGUCACACGCCUCAAAACUCUGAGGAGUUUAGCUGCUGUGUUCAGUCCUCUAACAUGGGAAAUGCUCAAACAUAGUUGGGUGGAAAUGCAACAAUGCCGCAGACUGCUAUUAAGGACACUGAAGAGGAACCUGUGGGUUUUUUUUAUGCUAGCCUGUGUGUGACGUGUAUAUUGUGCACAUGUUUAGGCACUGACUAGAUCCAAAUCCAGCUGCGACAGUGAUGGAGGAUUGAGGUGAUAGCCUUAUACUCCUCAUACAUAAACUUCACACAAAUAUGUAGUUGGAUUUAUACACUUAAAACACAAUUAUUUUGUAUCCAUGAACAUAAUCAAUUUGUACUUAUUUUUCUAGACAAGAACCAAGUGAAAAGUAGUAGAGGAGAUAUAAAGACUCAAAUAAUAUCUUUAAUUACAAUAACAUAUCAAAGGGUUCUGUGUUUGACUAUAUCACCAUUUAUUUCACAUCGUACCAAAACAAACGAUUAUUUUUUUAUCCCCCUGCACUCUCUUGAACAAACUGCAUCACUCUGGAGCCAAUAAAGCUUAGACUAGCUUGCAUUGUGAAACCACCAUCUUCAGCCUGGCAGCUCAGCUCUGUUGAGUGCUUGCAGAAAUAAAUUAAGGCUCAUCUGAAUCCUCUUUUAGUUGCACAGAUGAGCUGUCUCUACUAAAUAAUGUGUCUACUACUAAGCAUCCCUAGCUGUAAACAUGCAGAUGGAAAGAUAGGUAUAAAGGAAUUAAGUAUUGGGGGUAAGUGCUGUAUUCAGAUGGAGAGCAGAGUGUGUUUGACCUAAAUUAGGUCCCUAGUGUGGAGGAAGAGAGUGUACACUACAGCACAGUGUGCAGGUGUUUUCCACAAAAUAUGAUUUCAAAUAUGACAGGAAGAUGCUGUCUGUUUAUUGCAUUAAUUCUCCUCUAUAGGCUGUAAAGAAAAGUAAUUCGAAAAAAGAAGUUAGAAUUUUGGAAUAUCUGAACAUUAUUGUGCUAAAUAUGUUUGUGUAAACUCAACCCAUUAUAUAGACCACAUUUCUUUUUCAAACAAAAUGAUCUGAGCUUCUAUGUCUGUCUAUUGGGUGUGGUGCAACUAUACUGAAGCCUCAUACACAUUGUCCUGAAGUGAACUUUUGAACUGUGAUUACAUCGUUGUCACACUUUGUAGCAAAUAGAUUUCUUUUCAGAAAAUAUGUGAGUAAAAUGUAUGUAUAAUUGGGCUGUUAAUGGCAUACUUGCUAGCCUGAACAAUAAGGAACUAUUAAUAUUUGAUAAUGGCUAUGACUCAUUAUACAUAGAAUCGACAAACUGAUUGUUAUGUUGAAAAAAAAAAGACAAAUGUGUAUGUUGAAAAUGAUAGAUGCUGGAUUAUUGUAGGAAUGCGAAAACUAUUAAACAAGUAGUAAAGAGAGGCAGAAUUCAAUCUGGUUGGAUCAGCCAUCACAAAGAUGGAAGGUAGCACCAAUUCAAGGUUAUCAAACGAGAGAACAUCCUUAAUUUUAUUUUUUUGUCUUUGUGUUGUUAAAGGGUUUACAUUCCAUUUUGUCAGCUUGUCAUCUGUCACAAUCUGCCACAACUGCUUUUUAUUUGUUUACAGAGUAUUUUUUGAGGUACUUAAACAUAGCAUUGUUCAGAAAUAAAACAGUACAUGCUGCAAACUGGCAUUAAUAUAAACUCACAAAGUAAUGCACCAUUUGUUUUCAUUACACUUGAUUACUGUGCUUUUUCUACGUGAACCCUCAUUGUGCAAAUUCAUUCAGGCUGGCAUUAUUCACAACACACUGGACUGAGAUGUCUCUCCUUCCUACACCUUGUCAUAUGUCUCUGUUAGAUGUUUUAGGUCUUUGCAUUGUAUACCUCUAAAGUUUUUAGAGUGUUUUUUGAAGUGCCAUGGUGAGUUUAGUUGAGCAAGCAUCCUUCAGUCAUUCAGGGACACAAGCUCACUUUGAGGGAGCUGAGUCCAAGUGUUUUCCACUGUGAGAACGGUGUCUUGUACUGACAUGGAGAACAUCCAAGCCAUCAAUGCCUCCAUGCCAGUAUAGUGCCAGGCAGUGCAAGUGGUCAAGAGGAGGGCCCAUAUGAAGUCCCACUAUAGCGACAAGUGGCAUUCAGGAAACCUGAUGGGGCAAAAAGAUAGGAGCCCCGUAGUAGGGUAGUUAGAUAUGGAUGACUGAAAGAUGCACAUAGAGGCCCAUGCCUGUAACAUCAGAUGUGUUGUUGUCCACUGAACAAAUCAAAGAUUAUGAUGCAUCAUACAUUACCGUUACAGUAUGUUGCAUUAUUUUUGUUAUCUAUUUUCUUCUGUAAAGGAUGACUAUAAUAAUUUAUUUGCUGGGAAUUGUACUAGAUAUAAUAGAACAUAUAAUACUUACAGGGAUGGGAGGUGGGUCUCAAGUCUUAAUAAUACAUUAAAAUUGCAUUCAGCAAUUUUUUAUGUUUCUUUUUUUUUUUUUAAGAAAAGUUGCAAUUUUUGUUAAUUGUUUAGGCUGCCUAUCAGUUCAGGAAGAAUUCAGGACAUUGCUUGUGUAUCACAGAUAGGAUUUGUUGGCACAUCGUCAUUGCAGCAAACAGGAGUUUGACAUAGCAGUCUAAUUAGUUUGGAUGUGUUAUAGCUAUGAUGGAUAAAUUGAUUAUUUGAUGGUGCUGAGUUGAUCUACCUGACUCUGUCAAAUAUAAUCUGCUGAUAAAUAUACUGUCUUGUACAAAAAGUUUGUACAUAGAUUGUACAUGGUUUCUUUUUGUAUUUUUCUCAAAUUAAAAUGGAUGUAUUUGUGUUCUAAACCA